AUGAUGGAAGAAAGACCAAUUGUAAUGGAGGCACCACUGGUAAUUGAAGGCCAGAAGGUUAGGAUGAUAGCAUUUCCAAGUGAGACACCUCCAGAUGCACAGCCAAUAAUACAAAGAACACUUGAUGUACUCAAGCCAAAGACAGCCUUUGUCCUAGACCAUGUCCUAUCACCAUCAGAGUGCAAAUAUAUAAUUGACAAGGGAGAAGAGAUUGGCUUUGAUAACUUAAAGUUCUAUAAGACACAGUAUAGAGGCAAUGUUAGGAUCAUGGUAUCAAGCCAUUCAUUGAGUGCAACAGUGUUUGAGAGGAUAAAGCAGUAUUUGCCAGACAACUUGAACAUCUCUCUAAAGUAUGACUCGAUCAAUGGAAAGUGGAAGUUGCACGAGGUCAAUGAGAUGUGGCGUCUGUGCAAGUAUAACCUGGGUGGCGCAUUCGCCCCGCAUUUGGACGGCAACUUUGUACGCGACAGUGACAACCGAUCAUACCUCACCUUUAUGAUAUACCUUAGCGAGGGCAUCGAUGGCGGCGCCACAAGAUUCUUGGAGCAACACUCACACAAGGUGGUGGCAUCCGUGCAGCCCAAGGUUGGCUCAGUCCUGGUGUUCCAGCAUGACAUGUGGCAUGAUGGSGAGACAGUAAACGCUGGCCUAAAGUACAUCAUGCGAACUGAUGUGAUGUAUAGACGUGUGGACACGACGCGAACUGCACAGGAACAACUCAACGAACAAAAGGCACGCCAUUUAAUCAAGGAGGCCGAAUCCCUGGAAUAUACCAACCCAUCAGGGGCUGUAUCAUUGCUGAAACAAGCGUACAAGAUCUAUCCACCUAUCGAG